UUCUCUCAUUCCAUCGGGAAAAAUGGCUUCGAAACGCCGGCGAACAACGGAGAGUAAACACGAACAAGCAGUACAAAAACGUUCUUCGAUGGUCACAAGAGCUCAGAGUUCGUCGGUGAAGAUAAAUAAUAAUAAUAAUUCUCCGGUGGUCGUCUUCGCUCACGGCGCCGGUGCUCCUUCGUCUUCUGAGUGGAUGAUUAGAUGGAAGAACUUGUUGGCUGAUGCACUAAAUGCUGUUGAAGUUGUAACUUUUGACUACCCAUACAUUUCCAAAAGAAAGCCUCCUCCAAAGGCAGAAAAGCUGGUUGAGUUUCACUCAGGUAUCAUAAAAGAGAUUGAUUCCAAGUACCCACAACAUCCUCUCAUUUUGGUUGGAAAAUCCAUGGGUUCAAGAGUCAGUUGUAUGGUAGCGGUUGAGAAUGGUAUUCGGGUUUCUGCAGUAGUUUGCCUUGGGUAUCCACUAAAGGGCACAAAAGGAGCCAUUCGCGAUGAACCCCUCUUGCUACUUACGGUUCCUACCAUGUUUGUACAGGGAACGAAAGACGGGUUGUGCCCGCUGGAGUUGUUGGAACCGGUUAUGAAGAAGAUGAAAGCUGUGAAUAGACUUCAUGCGAUUGAAAAUGGUGAUCACUCGUUUAAAAUCGCAAAGAAGAAUCUCGAGUUGACAGGAACCAGUCAAGAGGAAGCGGAAGCACGAGCCGUUGAAGCAAUUGCAACGUUUGUUUCCGAAAUCAUCGGUCCAAGGUAAUUACUACCCCCUAAGUAACUUAUCGUUACCCGUUGGGUCCCUAUCUCUAACCCCGUUAACCUUAGCUCCGUUAAAAAUAUAUACAUCGACAUGAACGCCCCCUCCCCUUCGUAAAACCCGCUACGGUAUAGGAUAACCUCCAAGGGUACUUUGGGUAUUUUAAGUCAGUUUUUGGUGCACAUGUAUGAUGUAUCUAGCUGUGACAGUCACUGUUGAUGCUUGAUUUCCUUCUUGUUGAAAAGGAAUAUUGGUUGGAUUCUGGAAACACAACAAAGUUGACCAUUUAUGGUCAAUUUUGAAUUCUAGAAUGAUACAUACAUAGAGAGAGAGAGACGUAGAGAGAGAUGGGAGAGAGAAUUUUGUUAGUAACUCAGAAACCGUAACAGAAAUAUCACGUG